AUGACGGUCAUUUUUCCUGUGGUGAGACAGGCUCAGAAAGAGGUCCUGGGAGUCGCAUUCACCUUCUCGAUCUUGGCGGUUGUGGCAGUCUGCCUCCGUCUCCUGGCUCACCAGCUCGCCCACAAGCCAUGGACCGGUAGCGAUUACAUGAUUAUUGUCGCCUGUGUGUUCGCCGUUGGCCUUCAAUCGAUUAGUAUCACAGGUGUUUUCCAAGCUGGUAUUGGAUACGAUCAUGUCACAGCAAUCGCCGCCGAAUACGGAAUGGAGCCUAUUACCAAGCUGCUUCAAUUGAUCAUUCCACUGCAAUUCUUCUGGGUCCUGAGUUUAGCUUGUACGAAAGUCUCGAUUCUGCUCCUCUACCUCCGGAUAUUCCCAGUGACCUGGGUCGUGCGGGUAUCAUGGGUGACCAUGGGCAUCAUCAUUGCCUGGGCGAUCGCGACAAUUUUGGCGGGCUGUUUGAUUUGUCGCCCAUUCGCCUACAACUGGGAUCAAACAAUAUCGGGUGGCUCAUGUGGUAAUCAGGUCGCCUCUUUCACCGCAACGGGAGUGAUCAACCUCGUUACAGACUUGAUCGUGCUGUUGACGCCCAUGCCAUCGCUGUACAACCUACAGAUGGCCACCUAUAAAAAAGUGACUCUGAUUACUGUUUUCGGAUUGGGUCUUGUGACCUGUGUAAUCAGCGCCCUCCGUAUCUCCGUUCUCUCUACAAUGGACUUCAAUGAUAUUACAUUUACCUUACCCCGCGCGAACAUUUUCAGCGGUCUUGAGCCUUGCCUCGCCGUGGUACUUGCUUCAGUCCCGAUGAUGCGGCCCCUCCUCGGCCGUUCAAUAUACACACCGGAGGUGACCGCGCAGGGGCCCACGAGAUCCUCUGGUCCAUCUGGAGGAUCUAGAGCGCGCAGUGACAGUAAAUUUCAGCAGCUGAAUGACGAUACGAGCCAGUUGUGUUUGAGACCAAUGGGCCCCAAACAUGAAGUUGGCGUCGCUGUGCAAGAUAUGCAUCGCAGGAGCGAAGAUACAGUUGCGACUAUGGAAUCAAGACGUGGUGCUGAUAAAAGCCAGAAUGGCAGUGGUGAGAUCUCGGUUAGACAUGAGUGGGCUGUGCUCAAUGGACCACAACGAUAG